ACGAGCUGGUGGGCCAAAGACCUAGGGGCCAAGGAAGAAAGAUUCGAACUUCGAGAAGAGAGAGCGAGCGGGCAUCGCCGGAGCCAUCCGCACAGAGAGCCACACAAAGCUCCCCUCUGCCUCACUCGUCCUUUGAUGGCCGCCCCGGCUAGGGCUUUCAUCUUCUCCCGCAUCGCCGACCUCUCACUCAGACCCCUCCGUCUUUCGCCGCCGCAGCCACCUCUACCUCCGAUUUCGCGCCACCUCGUCUUCAAGCCGUUGUUACCUCCCGGCGGGAAGAGGCCUCAUUUCUCAGGCGGGUGCGGCGGAGGCGGAGGAGGCGUCGUGAGCUGUCUCGUCUCCGGUGUAGACGGCGGCGGCGUCUCUGACGACUUUGUUUCUACCAGAAAGGCUGGAUUCGAAAAGGAAUUCUCGGUCAUCGCCGCUAUGCUCAAGCGGAUCGAACCUCUCGACACCUCGCUUAUCUCCAAGGGCGUUUCGGAUUCUGCCAAGGACUCCAUGAAGCAGACCAUCUCUACAAUGCUAGGGCUGCUCCCGUCCGACCAGUUCUCCGUUACUGUUAGGGUUUCGAAACAUCCUCUUGAUCGCCUACUCGUGUCAUCGGUCAUCACAGGGUAUACUCUGUGGAACGCGGAAUACCGAAUAUCUUUGAUGAGAAACUUCGAUAUCUCGCCCUAUAGUUCUGAGAGGUCCGACUGUACAGAGCAGCGUGAGGUUUCAGAAGCGGAGUGUGAGGAGAGCCAGGGUAACGACGGGGAGGUUCACGUGGGUGUUGAUGGGGAUGAUGACGAUUUGGAUGAAAGAAAUCCCCAAAGUCUUGGGGAUUUGCCUCUUGAGGCUUGGGACUACAUACAACAAUUGCAGUUUGAGUUAUUGACUGUUAAGAAGGAAUUGAGUGUGCAGAAGCAGGAAUAUAGGCAAAUGGAAAAUAACAGAGAAAAAAACAAUAAUUUGUUGGAGUAUUUGCGGUCCUUGGAGCCUGACAUGGUGACCGAAUUAUCUCAACCAUCAGCAAUGGAAGUGGAGGGAAUUAUUCAUGAACUUGUUCAAAACAUAUUGCAAAGAUUUUUUAAGGAUGAUACUAGCACUGGGAUCACAGAGAAUUACCAAAAUGAUGAUGAUGGAACUUGUGACGCCAUUACCACUUCCCGGGAUUACUUGGCAAAAUUACUUUUCUGGUGUAUGUUAUUGGGUCAUCAUCUAAGAGGCUUGGAGAACAGGUUGCAUCUAAGUUUUGUUGGACUGUUGUGAAGAAAGUAGAGAGAGAGAGGGUUGUGCGGCUCGUAGGCGGGACUUAACCUAGUCAGCCCUCCAGGUAAGUCAUCAUACUCUACACUACCUCAGUCUGGCCAAACUACAUCCACUCUUAAGCGCGGGACUGGCUGCUACCUCGUCUAACCAGCCCCCUCAACCCAGCGUACUGGGGAGCUGCAUCCACUCCGAGCACAGUUAGACAGUACCCACACAUUAUCUAAAAUAUGUGGUUGCACUCUAUCUGUAUAUAGCAACGGUACCGUGUUUUGUAACUGUAUAUGUCAGUAAUCUUUCCACAGGGAUCUUAUAUAUAUACAUAUAUACUCUUUUACUGUUUUCAUCAUGUUCCCCAAAAUUACCAUAAUGUUAUCUUUAUGUACUAUAAAUAUUGUAAUCUCUGUAUACUAUAUCUGUAGCAUCUUGAUGCUACCU